AUUCAGUUUACCGUGUACUUUACACUUUUUAUUUUUUGAUUCUCAUUCUCAUUCCCAUCCUCAUCUCAUCCUCUCAUCAAUUAUCAUUCCUCAUUCUCUACUACUCAUCCAUCAGCUCCCAUCAAUCUUAUCCUCUUCAACUUGUCUCAAGUUGACUUCUUUCAAUUUAAAAGUAAAUGAUCUUUUGAAAUCUCGUCCCUCAUUCUUUGGCUUCAACUUCAAUCUCAGUUCUUUUCUCUUUCUUUAUCGUCUUCCAGUAUCUCAUUGAUACCUUCGCAUUCUCACGACUAUUCUAACUUUCAACUCGAUCGUCGAUAGCUGAGCUACCUGGACCAUCUCUCAGUCUCACUAGCCGCAUUGUCGCUCUCAACCGCAUUGUUGGCGUCUAGCCUGGGUCCUGGCUAUCUUCUUCACACUUUAGAACUUCUUAAAUUCUAUUUGGUCCGAUCCCAGCUUUUUGAGUCUGCGUUGAAGCCUUCGCCAUCGGUUGGCAUACUGUCACACCGUAAGUUGAAUAUCACCUCGACUCGACUCUCAGCUCGUAAUGUCCACACAAACCCACGGCGCUACAAUCGGAUUACCAUGUAUUCAAACGAACGAACGCGACCUGCCAUUCUACCCUGGCUAUGUAUCUGGUCCAACCCAGCAAUCCCAAACUGGAGCUACGAGCAGGAGCAUCGCACCGCCAAUUGGUGCCGAUUGCGGUUCAGAGGAUCACAAUGGCGCUCUGUCUCGAAACCGGUCUCAUAUCGACUCCAACUAUGUCCAGCAACCCUUUUCAAACGCACAUGCUUUUUUUCCCGAAAAACAGGUGGACUACAACCCAUAUAUGCAUCCCGAAGGCUCUUAUGACCCCCCUCUUCCGGAUGGAUCUACCUCUUCUACUCCCGGGACAACGAAUCACACUUUACCUGGCAUCCUUCACGAGCGACCCUCGCAAUUACGAACCAGUCAAGCCUCUGAUUGUUUCGGUCCUCCGGUCUCAUCCCAGCAACUCAACGAAAACACAUGCUCUCCCAGCACCUUUUUUGCGACUCACAAAGCGCACCGCUCAUUCCGGGGUGUUGUCGAGAAGUUUCACCAAAAUUCAGAUAAUGGCUCAGGUGCUGCAAUCCAUGAAAGUGCGGACUGGCAUACAUGGAAUCCUAGCUCCAAAGAGGCUUUCACUAACGCGCUCAAGCCGAACAAUCCUUCGGCAAGCAACCGAGAUCUGACAGCGUCCCGACACCCAGCCCAAUAUCCAAGUCAGGCAGAGCCUCAAGAAAUGCCCGCACCUUACAUUACUCGAUCCCAAGUUCACCGUCUUGCCGAAGCCCGCCAGGACCCCACCCGAAAUCAGGCUGCGCACGUGCCUUCCAACUCCGGCACAAGAUCGCCUUUUCAACAUCAAUCGCCUUCUCACCCCCAUCUACCAACGACAUCGCGCCCUAAAUCAAGCAUCAAAACACGAUCCAGUCAGUCUUCUAAUGUCGCUACCGCCGAACCCAUAAAUAAUUCAAAUGGCCAAACACGUGGAAGUGGAGAAAGAUACAAUAAGGACCCUGGCGAACUUAAGAUAGACAUUCAUCUUUCUGGUCCAGAACGCACCAAUGAUGGUUUGCCGAGUAACAGUCACCAUCUCCUAAAUAGCCCCGAGAACAACUCGUAUCGAGUGUCAUCGACCACACAGACGUUCCAGAAUCGAGAGUCGGUGCCCCAGAAUGCCAAACCGACACGAGAACGUGGCACCUCCGCUGCUUUGCGUCAAUCAGUUGAUCAACCUUACGAACAGGCUGCAUCGAAUCCCCGGCAGUCCAAUUCGACAUUCGCAGGGACGAGAACGCAUCUUAACCGCAAUCGACAUGGUCCAGCUGAAGAAGUACGACCCCACCCAGAUGACGCAGCAUCGCUCCUAUUGGCUCUUUCCCGGAGCGACGAGGCCAAACAUGGAAUGGCUCUUCGUCGAGGGCGGGGUAGUGCCCCUCGAAAUGGAACGUCCCAACCAGAUUCAUCAACGACCCAGGUUUCAUCCGAUAAGCCUGCUGCCCCAUCAACCCCAAGUGGGCGAAGAUACCGGACGCGUAGUCAAAUUCAUGACGAAUUUCCCCCUGUAGAUCAUGGUCAUCAUCCGAGCCACCCAUCUACGAUCGACCCAGCAUCUGCUCCCAUCUACGCCACGAGAGCUCGGGGCGCAAAAGCCGGGCAAUCACACCCUCACCAUCUGGGUCAUGGUCUCCCGCCAUUGCCUGAUGCAGAUCAUUAUCUCCCGCAUCUCUCUGUUUCAGGAUCGACCGCUGCAUCCACCUGUACGUCACAAUCGGUCGAUGAUGGUCACUCAAUCGCCGUUCAAGCACAUGAGAAUUUCAUGGGUCAUAAUUCAUCUUAUCAACCUCAGAACAGAGGUCGAGCCCGCAUUUCCGAUUGUUCAACUACUCCCAGUGUGAUGACUACAGGCACAGUCACGUCGAACUCGACCACAUUUACCGGUGCUGUCGACGAUGACGCUAGGAGUUGCUUUUCCAUUUCAACUCAAGCGACCAGUCUUGCCUCUCCUGCCGAACAUCUCACACAGCGAAGGUUUUUUCCCCCAGAAGUACCGAUCGACCCACAUUUCCCGCGUCUGUAUCGAGCGUUCUAUGUAUCAAGCGCCUUUGGAGAACGAGAGAUGAUGAGAUCAGAAGCCGAACGAAGUGGAAUCGUGAUCCCAAAAGAACCACCCAAUGGUGUAUAUAACUCACCUGCUCAUGGACAUCUUGAUCUCUAUACGCCGAGGUUUGUGAAAGGUGUAGGAAGUGAAAAGGUUGGAUUGUGUUGUAUCUGCGCGGAACCUCGACAGAGAGGGGGUGAAGACCUUCAGUUAUGGUUAAAAAUGAAAGUUAGCAGUUAUUCAUAUCACUUGGGGUUCUUUCAUGGCAUCAACAAUGCCAAUGGACUACCCUUCUCACCACCGGUCGAGAUCCGAUUGACGAAACGUGGUCAAGUAGCGGCCAACGAAAAGUCUGAAUUGAAGGAAGGACGAUGCCAUCAGUGCGAUAAAUGGAUUGCGAUGGAAGGAGUGAAGUUGCAGGAAGUGAAGGUGCCUGAGUUGUUUUGGUGGAAACACGCUAAAAGUUGUCACAAAUCUCGCCUUGCGGGAGAAUGUCAUGUACACGUUGAGGAUGACCUUUUUGAUCUGGUCACCAAUCAAAGAGGAGCUCAAGCACCAUUGUCCUCGGGCUCGACUGGUUCAAAAGGCUAUCAGUUUCCUACACCCUAUCAAUUCUCACAGAACAAUUGUAAUGGGACUGCAUCCCCUGCUCUCACCGUUGCAUCUGGUGGGGGCGGAAGUGUGAGCGGAAGUGGGAAUCGAAUCCAUCCAUCCGUGGCCGCUCAGCGAGCAAGUGCCGGACGGGUCUAUAAGCGUAAGGCUAGCAAUAGUAGUUUGAUCGGUGGAGGAACAGCGAUGAAAGAAAGUUAUUCGCCUCACUCUGUUGGUUUUACACCUAGUACUAGCUCAACUUUUAAUCUUUUAAACCAUCAUCAACAAGCUCAAUCACCUACACCUCAACCCUCGUAUGAAAAUACAUUUCCGGUAAGAAAGACACGUCGGACGAAUGCUAUGAAGCCAAGCAAUCGGACCACAUCGGCUCAGUAUGAGUCUGGAUCGUAGAAACAAAAGAUUAUAUAUAUGAAAAAAAGAUACACCAGAAAUAAAGAAUAUAUAUAUAAAAGAUGUACUUGAAGGUUAAGUAACCUUCCAAGCGUCAGAAAGGUGUAGAUUAUAUUUAAUGAGUAGGAGCUUUGGUGUGUGGUUGAAGAGAGAAAGAGAGAGGGUAAAAAAAAUGCACAAUGUCAUCAUCAUUUGAUGUGCGCGCCGUUUACGUACAGAUUUGAACUGAGUGAAGAAAGUUGCAAGCAGUGUAUACUUUAAGGCAUAUAAAAUGAAAUAAAACCAUGUUUCAUG